UUUAGCAGACAACAGCCAGACAUGGGAAACACCACAAACACCUCCCUGGACACCAUGGUGACAGAAUUCAUUCUCCUGGGCUUAGCUCAUCCCACUAAACUGAGGAUUUUCCUCUUCCUGAUGUUCUUCAUAAUUUAUAUUCUGACUCAGCUGGGGAACUUCUUCAUUCUGCUUGCGGUGCACGUUGACCCAAAGCUCCAUGCACGACCCAUGUACAUUCUUCUGGGUGUGCUCUCACUACUGGACAUGAGCCAAUCCUCAGUUUUUGUACCUCGACUGAUUCUCAGCUUCACUCCUGCAAGCAAAGUAAUCUCCUUUGGUGCUUGUGUGACUCAGCUUUAUGCAACUCAUAGUCUGGGCAGUACUCAGUGUUUCAUCUUCACAUUGAUGGCUUACGACAGGUACCUGGCUAUAUGUCAUCCACUGCGCUAUCCUAUACUCAUGAACAGGAGGUUAUGCAUUAUACUUGUCGGUGUGGCUUGGGUGGUUGGCUUCAUCCAUGGGUCUAUCCAGACCACAAUGACUUUCUCCCUGCCCUACUGUGGGCCCAAUGAAGUUGAUCACUAUUUUUGUGACAUCCCUGCAGUUUUGAAACUGGCCUGUGCUGACAUAUCUGCCAAUGUGCUGGUAGCCACUAUAGAAAUUGGAUCUGUGAUUGCCGCUUGUUUCAUGUUAAUUCUACUCUCCUAUGUGAACAUAGUUUAUGCCAUUCUGAAGAUUCAGAAUGCCAGUGGGAGACGCAAGGCCUUCUCCACCUGUGGCUCCCACCUCACUGUGGUCACAUUCUUCUAUGUCCCUGGUAUUUACAUUUACAUCAGGCCUGGCUCCCAAACUCCCUUGGAUGCAGCUGUGUCUGUGUUUUUCACUGUUGUCACACCAUUACUGAACCCAAUCAUCUAUACACUCAGGAAUCAGGAUGUGAAGUCAGCUCUGAAGGGAAUAAUAGUUCCUAGAAAGUCAAGUGAAAAAUAA